AUGCAAGAAACAAGGAGUCAAAUAGAUACUGUAAGACGUAUAGCAAACAAUGCACGUACGGGAUUGGAUACUUUACGACAAGCACAAAAUACACUAAAGGAAGCAAAUGAUAUUCUUGGCUCAGUAUCAGACAUGCAUGAAGAUUGGCUUAAAGGUAUUGACAAAUCUUUAAAAAAUCACAGUCAGUCUAUUGCUGACUACAAGAAAAGUAUAGAUUUUUUACAUAGUGCUAUGGACGUACAUGAUGGAAGCAUAAGGAACUUACUUAAUGCUAACAAUAACUUACCAGGAACUAUUAAAGCAUUUAUAAAGUCCUUUGUAAAACCCGGUGCUCUAACAUUUAGGUCUUUGAGAGCAAGAGCAUUGAAGUCAAGAGAUGCAGAAACUCCAACAGAACCUACAGAAGGAACUGAAACAACAGAAACUCCAAAAGAACCACCAAAACCAACAGCUAAUGAAAUAUUGUUCGAAUAUUUUCCAAGGUACUCUGUUCUCAUUGCAUACAUUCAAGAAAUACUUAAGAAAGCAGACUUGACUUUAGGAGAUGAUGAAAGUUCUGUAUAUCUUUCGUUCCAGUUUCAAAUAGCAGAACUUUUGAGACAGAUAUGCUUAAUGUAUGACAACAUCUCUGAUUUCACAAGAUAUGAUGACGACCAUGACCCCGAACAUGGUGAAGAAGAAGUUUUACAAACAUCCAUUAAGACAGGAAAGGUUUUAACUCAAAGUCUCAUUAUUGACACCAAAGAUGGCGAAGUGGACGUUCUUCAAGAGCUGAAGAAAAAUACUUCUUCGGGAGGUGGUGGUAGGCAUGAACUUGAAAUAAAUGAGAUAGAAGAGAAAUUAGCCGAAAAAGCAGAUAAAGAACAUAAACACAAUAUCUCCGAUAUAAAUGAACUUCAAGCUACAUUAAAUAGUAAAGCGGACAAAAAUGAACUUGACGCAAUGAACAAAGUUUUGAAAUCUCAUAAACACAACAUCUCCGAUAUAAAUGAACUUCAAGCUACAUUAAAUAGUAAAGCGGACAAAA